GUUGUCAAACAUUACAGUGUGCAGUGAGCAUCAGUCCAUAGACCAUCCAGCAGCAGGAGCAUCUUUAACACGGCGGAGCAACAAUCUAGUCCCAGCAGCUCCAUCACAGUUAAACAUUUAUUUUAUUUGUUUUUUGUUUUUUUAAUGAGUGUGCGGCUAAAAAUCAUGAUCCGGUCGCUUUUUGCGUUUUUGUUGUUUCUCAUCUGCUGCCUUGAUCAGACAAAUGCAUUGACAACAUGUGGAGCCACGCAGUUCUCGUGUGGAAAUGGGAGAUGUAUCACAGCCAGAUGGGUGUGCGACGGCACAGAUGACUGCGGAGACGGCACAGACGAACUUCCCGGUACCUGCAUGUCAAAAACGUGUAGACCGACAGAGUUCAGCUGCGCCGACCGCCUUAACCAAUGUGUGCCGAACAGUUGGCGCUGUGAUGGGAAAGCUGACUGUGAGAAUGGAGCUGAUGAAGAGAGUUGUGCGCCAAAGCAGUGCACAAACACAGAGUUUCGCUGCAGCAGCGGCCAGUGCGUGUCGUCCUCCUUCGUGUGUGACGACGAGGCGGACUGUGACGACGGCAGCGACGAGGCCUCCUGCCCGCCUGUCACUUGCACCUCGACGUCCUUCCAGUGCAACAACACCGUUUGUGUCCCGCGCCUGUGGGUCUGCGACGGUGAAAGCGACUGCACCGACGGCUCGGAUGAGUGGCCCCAGAACUGCGGUACAAAGAGACCCAGCACUCCUGCUGCCCACCAGUGCUCAUCCCUGGAGUUCAGAUGCGGCAGCGGAGAGUGCAUCCACGGCAGCUGGAAGUGUGACGGCGGAGACGACUGCCUCGAUCGAUCAGACGAGGCUAACUGUGCUCAUCCCACCUGUGGUCCUGAUGAGUUUCAAUGUGGUGAUGGCACUUGCAUCCAUGGUAGCCGCCAGUGCAACCACCACUACGACUGCAGGGACAGGAGUGAUGAAUCCGGUUGCGUCAAUGUGACCCACUGUGAAGGUCCAACCAGGUUUAAGUGUCGCAGUGGGGAAUGUAUAAGCAUGGAAAGGGUUUGUGACAAGAAGCGUGACUGCAGGGAUUGGUCAGAUGAACCUCUUCGGGAAUGUGGCUCCAAUGAAUGCGUGUUCGGCAACGGUGGUUGCUCUCACAUCUGCAAUGACCUGAAGAUCGGCUAUGAGUGCCUAUGUCCCACUGGAUAUCGCCUGGUUGACAAAAAACGCUGUGAAGAUAUCGAUGAGUGUGCCGACCCGGACACCUGCAGCCAAAUCUGCAUCAACCAGAUCGGCAGCUACAAAUGCCAGUGCCAGGAGGGUUACCAAGUUGACCCAGCAACCAAAGCCUGCAAGGCCACCGGUACAAUAGCCUACCUUUUCUUCACCAAUCGUCAUGAAGUAAGAAAGAUGACUUUGGACAAAAGCGAGUACACCAGAGUGAUCCCCCGUCUAAAGAACGUUGUGUCUCUCGACAUGAACAUGGCCACCAACGAGAUCUACUGGUCGGACAUCUCCCAAAAGAAGAUUUACAGAGCUCAGAUGGACUCGGCCGAAGACUCCACUCAGCACAGCACUGUCAUGGAUAGCGACAUUGACGCCCCUGAAGGCAUUGCUUUUGACUGGAUCCAUGGCAACUUGUAUUGGACUGACAGCAUUCGCAGCACCAUCUCUGUGGUAACCGCUGAUGGUCAGCGUCGCAAGACUCUCUUCCACCGAGACUUAACGAAACCCCGUGCUAUCGUGGUCGACCCCCACAGCAACUUCAUUUACUGGACGGACUGGGGGAAUCCAGCUAAGAUCGAGAAGGCAGGUCUCAACGGAGGGGAUCGCACUGCUCUGGUCACGGACAACAUUGUGUGGCCUAACGGGAUUACACUUGACCAGCUGAACCAGCGGCUCUACUGGGUGGACUCUAAGCUGCACACCCUCUCCAGUAUCGAUGUGCAGGGCGGUGGUCGACGCACCCUCAUCAUUGAUGAAGACAAGCUGGCUCACCCACUGGGACUCACUGUGUUUGAGGAAAGAGUUUUCUGGACGGACGUCAGUAAUAACGCCAUCCUCAGUGCAAACAGGCUGACAGGUGGUGACAUUACACCAUUGGCAGAGCACCUGGCAUCCCCGGAAGACAUUAUUCUCUACCAUAACCUCAAACAACCGGCUGGCAGAGAUUGGUGUCAGGUAUCCGCAUGUGAAUUCAUGUGUUUGGGAGCUCCUCAAGUGGGAAGACAUCCGCCCAAAUACACAUGUGUCUGUCCAGAUAACAUGAUACUAGCCAGGGAUAUGAGGACAUGUGUACCUGCUGUGCCAACACCUGAAGCACCCAUGGAGCCUCAAGUUCCACCUACUAGCCCUCCUCGUCAGCCACCAGCGCCAGCCAGCACCACAGCCAAGCCCCAGGUUCACACCACGACAGUGCCCAUCCGAAUGGCAAGCACUGCAGCCAAGCCAGUGCCACGCACCACCACCAUUAAGCCUCCAGUAAGGACGACCACACCUGAAAUUGGGACUACGACACCGCAGAAAGUGAGGCCUAAAUUUACCCAGACCACCACAGCGGCUCCAGUCACUACUCCAGAUACCCGACAUGGAUUUGCAGUUGUACCCAACACUGCCUCCACCACCCCAGUCGCUCUGUAUAUUGUUUUACCUCUUGCCAUCAUUUGUCUGGUGGCUGUUGGUGCCGUGCUGCUAUGGAGGAGCUACAGGUUGAAGAACACCAACACGAUUCACUUUGACAACCCGGUCUAUCAGAAAACUACUGAGGACCAAGUGCACAUUUGGAGGAGCAACAGCCCCGACGGUUACUCCUACCCAAAGAGACAAGUUGUGAGCUUGGAUGAAGAGGCGGACAAUCCAGCCUUCACGGAAAACUGAAAAAUGUUGAUGGAGUGGAGUGAAGAGCCUCGUUGAUAAGCUACCUUUAGACGUCCUUUUUUUUUGUAUUUUUUUACCUCACACAGCACAAAGAUAUGGAAGUCAAAGCCAGUAGCAGACAACCACUUGAACCACUAUAUCCUCACAGCACUAUACGGUGGAAAAAACACAGGGUGAAGCAUGCACAUUUUUUUUCCAUCAACUUAACAUUCGACUGAAUUCAUUCCUCAGAAAAUCAUACCAAAUCAUCCGAUGAUGGAUUCCUCAGUCUAACGUGUUUUUUUUUGUUGUUUUUUUUACCCAUUAACUUAACUGUGAUGCUGAUGAUGGUGGACUGUGUCAUUGUUAAUGUCUUUAUGAUGUCGUGUUUUUCAAGCCGCUAAAACCAUUGAAGUGAGGUCACUCGAUGCAGGUUAUGAUUGGGAACAACUUGUGCAAGGUAGAACUCACAAAUGAGAGAGAGAUGUAAACUUUUUUUAUUACUUUUAUUGGUCCUUUUUACCUGUACAGUAAAUAUAAAGCAGAUUAGGGUAGCUUAGCUAAAAUACUGGAGGCAAGGGGUAACUAAACUCUGUCUAUCAACCAACCAGCAACUUUUUAUACACGUAUAUUAUUCAACACACUUCAUGGAGUCUCUAGUAUUUGGCUUGCAACCACUCCUGGCCAAGAAAUAGUCCAGUACACAGUUGCCUAAAAAUUGCCGUUAUUUUUUGAUUGGUGGUUGUCGAACAGAAUAAAUAACAGAAAUAUAUUUAUUAGUGAACUUUAUAGAUGAUGGUUUUUACUUUUGGACAGAGCAGGGCUAGCUGUUUCCAUCUGUUUCCAGUCAUUAUGCUAAGCUAAGCUAAUCACUGCCUCCAGCCUGAUAAUCAAUGAGAGUUCAUCAUCUAACUCUCGGCCCAAAAGGCUGAUAAGUACAUUUCCCCAAACUGUUCCUCUUUAGUUCUUCAGAAACAAGAAAAUCUGAACCUGACCUUUAUGCUAAGCUAAGUCAAUUACUUUACACGUCAAGCAUUAUACUUAACGUACAAACAUGAGAAUGGAGUCAAUCUUUUCAUCAAAUUCUCGGCAAAUAUUAUGUGUCUGCCAGUUUAAGCAGUACGACCCCAAUAAAUCCGAGUUUUACACCAGCUAUUGCCUCAGUAGUGGAGCAGAAAUCUCACCCGUGGGGACCUAAAGACAUCUGUGUAGUUGAUCUCAAAGAAUACACAUUGUGUCUGUGCCUUGAUUUUCAGCUCCAUUCUCUUGAUUUGUGAUCGGCUGUCUGUGCAUUGAAGAGGCAUCUUUAAAUUUUCUUACCCAUGGCCUCCUUUAGGAGGUCCAGUACAUUCCUCAAAGGCCGGAAAAAGCUUUUUUAUGCAACCACGUGUGACCGAUGGGGGGCCGUGCCUAAUGCUCACGUGUAUAUUUACAUCCUCCCUCAGGACCACAACCUCAACUCGCCUUAUAGCAGCAUUCCUUGACAAAAGACAGCCAUGUGCCCUGUCGGCGGCCGUUUGAGCUCAUUUAUUUGAAUAGCUGACACGUGUGCCUUUUUAAUGACAUGUCCUGUUCACAUGUUCAUGUUGGUGCUAUUGAACUCAGUAGAUAUGUUUAAAAUCAGCGUGUCGACGUGUUUACAGUGAAUAGUUUGAGGGAUGUGUUACAUGCAGGUGAGGUUACACGUAACAAAGAUUAAUGACCGCUGAGAGGCUUUUUAGAUUUAAAAAAAAAAAAAGUGCUUGUGAAGAU